AUGGCUGCGGCGGGGGGCGCGUCGAGCCGCAGGGGCCCCGGGCGGCCCUGCCCCUUCUCCAUCGAGCACAUCCUCUCCAGCUUGCCGGAGCGGAGCCCCCCGGCCCGGGCCGCCCGAACACCGCAGCCGGCUGGCCCCCAAAGCCCCGCGGAGCCCGGGGAGCCCGGGGUGCCCGAGUCCGCGCCCUGUGCUUGCUGCUGCUGCUGCGGCCCCCGCAGGCCCCCGGAGCCGGCCGCGGGCCUGGGCGCCCGGCUGCCGUGGCCAUUGAGGCUGGCGCCCUCGGCGACCUUGCCCUUGGCCGUUCCGCCCGGAAGCUCCGGGGUGCUGUCCAGCGCUGGUGGCCCCGGCACGCAGCGGCGCACGCGGCGCCACCGCACCAUCUUCAGCGAGGAGCAGCUGCAGGCGCUGGAGGCGCUCUUUGUGCAGAACCAGUACCCCGACGUGGGCACGCGGGAGCGCCUGGCCGGCCGCAUCCGCCUGCGCGAGGAGCGCGUGGAGGUGUGGUUCAAGAACCGCCGGGCCAAAUGGCGACACCAGAAACGAGCGUCCGCGGCCGCGAGGCUCCUGCCCGGAGCCAAGAAGCCCCCCAAGGACAGUUGCUGAUCCCCUGUGAGCUGCUCCUGGGCUUGGCCGCGUGCGGGCCAGCUCGGAGAGUCGGCAGUCCCGCCCGAAAAGGAGUUGAGGCAGGACUCCUGCCUCUUCCCGUCUGCAUAGCUGCCUGGGUCCCGGAGCUAGGGCUGGACGCAGGAGUCCCUCUGCAGGGUCGUGCCUGCGUCCCUGGGCCACCGGCCCGUGAAAGGAGAGAACACCGAGUCCCAAGGUGCGCUCUCCUCCCCAAGGGCAAGCGGGCCAGAAGACCAGGAGAUUCCCUGGGAAGAAUGGGAUAGAGCACCGAGCACGUCGGCUCCCUCACCCCUCCUCCUAGGCACUAACCCCGCCCCAGGACAGAAACCGCCCUGCGUCAACGCGGGACCUAAAAUCCUCCUCUUUAGGGGCUAGCUGGCCGCCCGCCUCUCUUCAGCUCGGACAUCGCCCCGCCCCCCGGCCUGGCCUAGAACCCGCCUGAGGCGGGGUGGGUCGUGUGCGUGCGUCCUGGGAUUGCUGCGGGUUUGAAGGGACUGCACUGUGUUCUGUGUCCAGACCUUUAGAAUGAGAAAGUUGGGAGGUCUCCCCCCACCGCCCCACCGCACGCCCCGAAUCCUGUGAACCUAUCGCAAUAACAAAAA